UAAGCCAGGCACGUUUGUUGAUGCGACAACUCUCCGUGAGCGGAUGGAUACCCUGGUACAACGCGUUCACAAUGCCAUGUUUGCGGAGGGCUUCGAUCGCGUUUUAAUUCCCAGCGAGCCGGAGUAUCUGCUGGGUGUGAAACGUCGAAAGGAGGGUCUACCAUUUGCCGAUGCGGAGCGGAAGUUAUUUGAGCAGCUGCAAGCAGAGUUUGGUGUGAAGCCAUUGAGCUUGAGUGAAACACCACUGAGCCUCAUAAAUGGGCACUAGAUACGGAAAAUACUCAAGCAUUGUUCAACUUCAAAAAAAAAUUAUGUGAAGUCGACAAGCCAGGUCGAGUUGUGGC